ACACGCGUCCGGCUCUCCCCCAGCGUCUGUCCGGCCCAGUCUCCUGCCAGUCGGGGAGACUGCAGGCCAACCUGGAAGCUGAGUUCGAAGCUAAUAGGGCGACCAAGUCAGUGUCGCCCGCGGCAUUGAGAAGACGGUUUGGCCCAGGAGAGGCAAAAAGAAAAAAAAGGGAACCGGUUCCCCUCCGCAAAAAAAGAGGCUCUUCCUCCUCCUCCCGCGACGGCAAAUAUUCUGAAAAAGACUCUGCAUGGGAAUGGCCUGCCUUACUAUGACAGAAAUGGAGGGAACAUCCACAUCUUCUAUAUAUCAGAAUGGUGAUAUUUCUGGAAAUGCCAAUUCUAUGAAGCAAAUAGAUCCAGUCCUUCAGGUGUAUCUUUACCAUUCCCUUGGGAAAUCUGAGGCAGAUUAUCUGACCUUUCCAUCUGGGGAGUAUGUUGCAGAAGAAAUCUGUAUUGCUGCUUCUAAAGCUUGUGGUAUCACACCUGUGUAUCAUAAUAUGUUUGCUUUAAUGAGUGAAACAGAAAGGAUCUGGUAUCCACCCAACCAUGUCUUCCAUAUAGAUGAGUCAACCAGGCAUAAUGUACUCUACAGAAUAAGAUUUUACUUUCCUCGUUGGUAUUGCAGCGGCAGCAACAGAGCCUAUCGGCAUGGAAUAUCUCGAGGUGCUGAAGCUCCUCUUCUUGAUGACUUUGUCAUGUCUUACCUCUUUGCUCAGUGGCGGCAUGAUUUUGUGCAUGGAUGGAUAAAAGUACCUGUGACUCAUGAAACACAGGAGGAAUGUCUUGGGAUGGCAGUGUUAGAUAUGAUGAGAAUAGCCAAAGAAAAUGAUCAAACCCCACUGGCCAUCUAUAAUUCUAUCAGCUACAAGACAUUCUUACCAAAAUGUAUUCGAGCAAAGAUCCAAGACUAUCAUAUUUUGACAAGGAAGCGAAUAAGGUACAGAUUUCGCAGAUUUAUUCAGCAGUUCAGCCAAUGCAAAGCCACUGCCAGAAACUUGAAACUUAAGUAUCUUAUAAAUCUGGAAACCCUGCAGUCUGCCUUCUACACAGAGAAAUUUGAAGUAAAAGAACCUGGAAGUGGUCCUUCAGGUGAGGAGAUUUUUGCAACCAUUAUAAUAACUGGAAACGGUGGAAUUCAGUGGUCAAGAGGGAAACAUAAAGAAAGUGAGACACUGACAGAACAGGAUUUACAGUUAUAUUGCGAUUUUCCUAAUAUUAUUGAUGUCAGUAUUAAGCAAGCAAACCAAGAGGGUUCAGAUGAAAGCCGAGUUGUAACUAUCCAUAAGCAAGAUGGCAAAAAUCUGGAAAUUGAACUUAGCUCAUUAAGGGAAGCUUUGUCUUUCGUGUCAUUAAUUGAUGGAUAUUAUAGAUUAACUGCAGAUGCACAUCAUUACCUCUGUAAAGAAGUAGCACCUCCAACAGUGCUUGAAAAUAUACAAAGCAACUGUCAUGGCCCAAUUUCGAUGGAUUUUGCCAUUAGUAAACUGAAGAAAGCAGGUAAUCAGACUGGACUGUAUGUACUUCGAUGCAGUCCUAAGGACUUUAAUAAAUAUUUUCUGACUUUUGCUGUCGAGCGAGAAAAUGUCAUUGAAUAUAAACACUGUUUGAUUACAAAAAAUGAGAAUGAAGAGUACAACCUCAGUGGGACAAAGAAGAACUUCAGCAGUCUUAAAGAUCUUUUGAAUUGUUACCAGAUGGAAACCGUUCGCUCAGACAAUAUAAUUUUCCAGUUUACUAAGUGCUGUCCCCCAAAGCCAAAAGAUAAAUCAAACCUUCUAGUCUUCAGAACGAAUGGUGUUUCUGAUGUACCAACCUCACCAACAUUACAGAGGCCUACUCAUAUGAACCAAAUGGUGUUUCACAAAAUCAGAAAUGAAGAUUUGAUAUUUAAUGAAAGCCUUGGUCAAGGCACUUUUACAAAGAUUUUUAAAGGCAUACGAAGAGAAGUAGGAGACUAUGGUCAACUUCAUGAAACAGAAGUUCUUUUAAAAGUUCUGGAUAAAGCACAUAGAAACUAUUCAGAGUCUUUCUUUGAAGCAGCAAGCAUGAUGAGCAAGCUUUCUCACAAGCAUUUGGUUUUAAAUUAUGGAGUAUGUGUCUGUGGAGAGGAGAAUAUUCUGGUUCAGGAGUUUGUAAAAUUUGGAUCACUCGAUACAUACCUGAAAAAGAAUAAAAAUUGUAUAAAUAUAUUAUGGAAACUUGAAGUUGCGAAACAGUUGGCAUGGGCCAUGCAUUUUCUAGAAGAAAACACCCUUAUUCAUGGGAAUGUGUGCGCCAAAAAUAUUCUACUUAUCAGAGAAGAAGACAGGAAGACAGGAAAUCCUCCUUUCAUCAAACUUAGUGAUCCUGGCAUUAGUAUUACAGUUUUGCCAAAGGACAUUCUUCAGGAGAGAAUACCAUGGGUACCACCUGAAUGCAUUGAAAAUCCUAAAAAUUUAAAUUUGGCAACAGACAAAUGGAGUUUUGGUACCACUUUGUGGGAAAUCUGCAGUGGAGGAGAUAAACCUCUAAGUGCCCUGGAUUCUCAAAGAAAGCUGCAAUUUUAUGAAGAUAGGCACCAGCUUCCUGCACCAAAGUGGGCAGAAUUAGCAAACCUUAUAAAUAAUUGUAUGGAUUAUGAACCCGAUUUCAGGCCUUCUUUCAGAGCCGUCAUACGAGAUCUUAACAGUUUGUUUACUCCAGAUUAUGAACUAUUAACAGAAAAUGACAUGUUACCAAAUAUGAGGAUAGGUGCCCUAGGGUUUUCUGGUGCCUUUGAAGACAGGGAUCCUACACAGUUUGAAGAGAGACAUUUGAAAUUUCUACAGCAACUCGGCAAGGGUAAUUUUGGGAGUGUGGAGAUGUGCCGGUAUGACCCUCUACAGGACAACACUGGGGAGGUGGUGGCUGUAAAAAAGCUUCAGCAUAGUACUGAAGAGCACCUGAGAGACUUUGAAAGGGAAAUUGAAAUCCUGAAAUCCCUACAGCAUGACAACAUUGUAAAGUACAAGGGAGUGUGCUACAGUGCUGGUCGGCGUAAUCUAAAAUUAAUUAUGGAAUAUUUACCAUAUGGAAGUUUACGAGACUAUCUUCAAAAACAUAAAGAACGGAUAGAUCACAAAAAACUUCUGCAGUACACAUCUCAGAUAUGCAAGGGUAUGGAAUAUCUUGGUACAAAAAGGUAUAUCCACAGGGAUCUGGCAACAAGAAAUAUAUUGGUGGAGAAUGAGAACAGAGUUAAAAUUGGAGAUUUUGGGUUAACCAAAGUCUUGCCACAAGACAAAGAAUACUAUAAAGUAAAAGAACCUGGUGAAAGUCCCAUAUUCUGGUAUGCUCCAGAAUCACUGACAGAGAGCAAGUUUUCUGUGGCCUCAGAUGUUUGGAGCUUUGGAGUGGUUCUGUAUGAACUUUUCACAUACAUUGAGAAGAGUAAAAGUCCACCAGCGGAAUUUAUGCGUAUGAUUGGCAAUGAUAAACAAGGACAGAUGAUCGUGUUCCAUUUGAUAGAACUUUUGAAGAAUAAUGGAAGAUUACCAAGACCAGAUGGAUGCCCAGAUGAGAUUUAUAUGAUCAUGACAGAAUGCUGGAACAAUAAUGUAACUCUACGCCCCUCCUUUAGAGAUCUAGCUCUUCGAGUGGAUCAAAUAAGGGAUAACAUGGCUGGAUGAAAGAAAUGUCCUUCAUUCUGAGAACAAAGUAUAUUUAUAGAACAAAGUUUUCUAUUUCACAUUGCUGUGGACUAUUAUUACAUAUAUCAUUAUUAUAUAAAUCAUGAUGCUAGCCAGCAAAGAUGUGAAAAUAUCUGCUCAAAACUUUCAAAGUUUAGUAAGUUUUUCUUCAUGAGGUCACCAGUGAAAGACAUUAAUGAGAAUUCCUUAGCAAGGAGUUUUGUAAGAAGUUUCUUAAACAUUGUCAGUUAACAUCACUCAUGUCUGGCAAAAGAAAAAAAAAAGACUUUUUCAACUCAGCUUUUUGAGAUGUGAAAAAAUUAUUAUGUAAAUUUUGCGAUGUUAAAGAUGCACAGAAUAUGUAUGUAUAGUUUUUACCACAGUGGAUGUAUAAUACCUUGGCAUCUUGUGUGAUGUUUUAUACACAUGAGGGCUGGUGUUCAUUAAUACUGUUUUCUAAUUUUUCCAUAGUUUAUCUAUAACUACUUCACUAUACAAACAAAUUAGAUGUUCAGAUAAUUGAAUAAGUACCUUUGUGUCCUUGUUCAUUUAUAUCACUGGCCAGCAUUAUAAGCAGGUGUAUACUUUUAGCUUGUGUACUGUAAAUAUUUUUCAAGUAAAGGGAACAAAUGUCUAGUUUUAUUUGUAUAGGAAAUUUCCCUGACCCUAAAGAAUACAUUUUGAAAUGAAACAAGCUUACAAAGAUAUAAUCUAUUUUCUUAUGGUUUCCCUUGUAUCUAUUUGUGGUGAAUGUGUUUUUUAAAUGGAACUAUCUCCAAAUUUUUCUAAGACUACUGUGAACAGUUUUCUUUUAAAAUGUUGAGAUUAAGAAUGCAAGGAACAUUGUCAUCCUGUGAGCUGCUGACUGCCAAUAAGAUUCUUCAAUCUCUGAGAUCUAUGCUUAUGAAUUAAAUUUAAGCAUAAGCCAUAAAAUAGAUUGUUUUUAAAAUGGAUAGCACAUUAAGAAGUGUAGCAGGUUAAGAGUUUUUUCCUAAAGAUUGUAUAUUUGAGGGGUUUCAGAACUUUGCGUUGCAGUCAUAGAUUUAUUUCCUUUUUAGAGGGAAAAUGAGGUAAGUGAAAAAGUAUGCUUGUUAAUUUUAUUCAAGAAUGCCAGUAGAAAAUUCAUAAUGUGUAUCUUUAAGAAAAAUGAGAGCAUACAUCUUUCCAAUUAAGUAUAAGGGGUUGUUCGUUGUUGUCAUUUGUUAUAUUGCUACUCCACUUUAGACACCAUACCUAAAAUAAAAUAUGGUGGGUUUUUCGUGUGUGUGUGGGUUAUUUAUACAAAACUUAAAAUACUUGCUAUUUUGAUUAAAAAGAAAAUAGUUUCUUACUUUAUUUUUAGUGGCAUGUUCUACUUUUUUAAAACUUGUACUGAAGACUUCUCAUUUUGGGUUGAAGGGAAGGAAAAGGAAGAAAUGUUUUUUACAUUCAUUAUACUUAAAGCAUUUUAAUAGUUCUGGAUGCAGAAAUAAUCUAAAAUGACAGUGAAUUAGGUUUUAAAAAAGAUUUUAGAUUUUUUUGAAAAUUUAAUUUUUAAUUUGUAAAGACUCCUGAAGGAUUUGUAUAUGCAACACAGUUAAGAGAUUUUCCAUUUUACUACCUUGCAAGUGAAAAAUAGCCUAUCAUAUAAUAUGCUUGAUUCCAGAUUUUCAUACUAAAACUUAAGUACAUACUUAAAAGUAGGUUCUUCUCAAGGAUCUCUAACAUUCUGUUUUUUAAAACAAGAUGUGAACUAACUUUUCUUAAAGUUUUUUAAAAAUGCUUCAUCUUUUAGUUUUAUAUAAAGAAUCCCACAUGUACAUUCUUGUUUUUAAAAUGGGAUGACUACCUUAUUAUAAAAUUCCAAGUUUCCAAGAGACUUCUUUUCAUUGAGGCUUCGUAAAGUUUUCCGUUUUGAUUCUGACUACACAUAAAAAUAAGCUAACCCUGUAGCUAUUAAGUUGGUUUUGUACAAGAAACACAUAAGUAAUUAUCGUAGCAGUUAAUGCCAAAAUAUUUUUUCACAUUAAUAUUCUUCAGAAACAAGGGUAAAGGUAUUCUUAGAAUUAUGUAAUUCUGUAACUUUACAGUAUAUUAAGUUAUAUAAUCUUUAUAUAAAUGAUUUUGUUUUUCCAUGGGUACUUGCUUGGAAAAUAGUCACUUUUUCAUGCUAUUUAUACAUGCUGCCAGUAACACUGUAAUUUGCUGUGAAAGAGCAUUCUUUUAACCUAAGACUGCUACUUUACAGUCAAGUGUAAUUUUUAUUACAACUAUAACUUCUAGUAUUUGAAUUUUAUUUAAACAGCUAGAAAAUAGUUAGAAAAUACCUACAGUUCUAUAUCUGUAGAGCCAAUCUCCAUGGUGGGUGUGGCAUUAUGUGCUCAAUUUAUUGAGACUAUGUUAAUUUCUUUACCAUGUUCCCCCUAAAUUGAAAUAGUGAUGUAGUAAAUAUUCAGAAGUGAUUUUCUUUUGCAUUUUUACCUAAUCAAGGAAACGGGCCACACACAUUGGUUUAGGGAUGUUAUGAUAGUUUACCUUCCAGUUUUUAAGAAAUGCUUCCUACAACUGCUAUCAACCACUGUACUGUCUUUAAUGAACAUUGUUGUAUCCCACCCUAAUUCUUGUAUUCAAAUUAUUUCUCAUGAAAGUUUCUCUAAUAUUUCUAAUGAAAGUUUCUCUAAUUUUGGGGAAUAAUUUACUAAGAAUCAGUUUGCUGUAUAUUAGAAUAAAUAAUAACAGUAAGUCAGCAGGAUUAUCCAAACAAAAGACUAGGUUUUAUGAGAUAAGCUUAAUUAAGAAAAAAAUUAAUUAAAGUAUGAAUAUCAGAAAUACUGUGUGUUUACUCUCAGAUUUUAGCUGGUUGGAUUUAAUAUCAAGAUAACUAGCUGCUAAAUGUUUCAUAAUUCUGACAGUGAUAUUAGAUUUCAAAAUGACACCAAGAGAACGGAAAAACUACAUUAGUCAAAUCCAUGUAUGUAUGUCAUAUAGCCUUUAAUUUUUUAAUCAGAUUCUUAGUAAAAUGCACAUUAUAUGCCUAAAUAUUAAAAUAUUUACUUUUAUAAUCUUACCUUUUAUUUUACUAUAAUAUAAAUAAAAUUCUUCUUAGGUUAAAAAA